UUACUAUCCACCUUAUAGUACCAAUUUCGUCUCUUCCUUUCUUUCACUUAGCAUUUUUUUUGAAACAGAGUUAAAGCUUGAAACUUUGGGGAUACAAAGAUGGCGUCUAUUGGUGUUUCGGAAAUGCUUGGUACGCCACUUAACUUAAAGGCAGUGUCAAGAUCGUCUGCUCCAUCGGCAUCGAGCCCGGGUACGUUUAAGACAGUUGCUCUGUUCUCCAAGAAAAAGCCAGCUCCUGCCAAGGCCAAGACUGUUUCUGUUGCUAACGAUGAACUCUCCAAGUGGUAUGGUCCUGACAGGAGAAUUUUCCUGCCGGAUGGUCUUUUGGACAGAUCAGAGAUCCCAGAGUACUUAAACGGUGAAGUUGCUGGAGACUAUGGCUAUGACCCAUUUGGACUUGGCAAGAAGCCUGAGAACUUUGCUAAAUACCAAGCCUUUGAGCUGAUCCAUGCUAGAUGGGCUAUGUUGGGAGCAGCUGGUUUCAUCAUCCCUGAAGCUUUGAACAAAUACGGAGCUAACUGUGGUCCUGAAGCCGUCUGGUUCAAGACUGGGGCUCUGCUUCUUGAUGGAAACACAUUGAACUACUUUGGCAAGAACAUCCCAAUCAACCUUGUUCUCGCCGUAGUUGCUGAGGUUGUUCUCCUCGGUGGAGCCGAGUACUACAGAAUCACCAACGGAUUGGAUUUUGAGGACAAGCUACACCCCGGAGGUCCAUUUGAUCCUUUAGGACUUGCUAAGGACCCCGAACAAGGAGCUCUCCUCAAGGUUAAAGAGAUUAAAAACGGGAGAUUAGCCAUGUUUGCGAUGCUCGGUUUCUUCAUCCAAGCUUAUGUUACUGGAGAAGGUCCUGUUGAGAACCUUUCAAAGCAUCUCAGUGAUCCUUUUGGAAACAACUUGCUUACCGUCAUAGCUGGAACCGCUGAGAGAGCUCCUACACUUUAAGCCAUUUCUAGUUUAUUAAAGAGCUUUGUAGACUUUGUUUGAUGACAUUGUGAAAACAAACUUCCAUCUUCAUCUUCUUGAUAUACUCCAAUGGUUUUAUCAUAUGCUUCUAAGAAAAUAACAAUGCAUGAUAACUACAAUAAACUAA